AUGACUGCCACUCAACCUGGCCUGCCGGGGUCUUACCUGGAACCUCAGAUGGGACCAACCCCAGUCUCUGACUCGGAUUCAGAUUCGGACGGCCCGGUCUCCAGCGACCCCAGGCCCGAUGCCAGCUCCAAAGCUGGAUGCCAAGUGAUCCACAGCGGGCACUUCAUGGUGUCCUCUCCACACAGCGACUCGCUGCCCCGUCGGCGCCACCACGGGGCUGAGCCGGGGCUCCCCGAUCCCCGAAACAUUGACCUGACCAUUACUCGUCUCUUUGAGUGCAUGAGCUUAGCAUACAGUGACAAUCUGGUGUCACCCAAAUGGAAGAAUUUCAAAGGGCUGCGUCUGCUGUGCCGGGAUAAAAUCCGCCUCAACAAUGCCAUCUGGAGAGCCUGGUACAUCCAAUACGUGGAACGCCGGAAGAGCCCGGUGUGUGGAUUUGUCACCCCUCUGGAUGGCUCAGAUGAGCACAGGAAACCAGAAGCUGUCGUGCUUGAGGGGAAGUAUUGGAAAAGAAGGAUCGAGGUGGUGAUGAAGGAGUAUCACAAAUGGCGCAUCUACUACAAGAAGCGGCUCCGCAAAUCCAGCCGAGAUUGGGAGGCUCCCAGCCCGAAGCAGGACGACGACAACUGGAAGCCCCUGGAAAAUUGGUGCGACCAACUGUACUCCAAUGUUGUCCCCAUGUUGCUAAGAGACACAGAGAAGGAGCCUGAAGGGAGACAACUCUUUGAUCUGGACAGCUUCUUAUCGGACAUCUCCGACACCCUUUUCACCAUGACCCAAGCCCCCUGUCCUCCUCAGCCUCUGGCAGAAGAAGCCUAUACUGGCAACGCCGACAUGAUCCAGCCAGACCUGGCCCCGCUGCAGCCAAACCUAGACGAUUUCAUGGAGAUAUCUGAUUUCUUCUCCAGUCCGCGGCCGCUGUCAGCGCAUCCAUCCCUGACCUACCAGGAGCAGACCUGCUUUGCGCCGCCACCGGAGACCCUGUACAGCAGUGGUAGCAACCUGCUGCCCAGCCCAGCUGAAACCUUACUCAACCAGGGCGCUGCCAAUUCGCCAAUCCUGACCAGCACCCCCCUCCAGUCUGCAGGUGCCUGCUCUGCCCAGCUGGAUUUGCCCAGCCCCUUCCUCAGCCCGGAUCUCUCCUCAAAUCCUGCGUCGUCAACCACUCCCAGUGGCCUUGGGCCUGACCUGAAACGGAAGCCCCUCUUGCCCUAUCCCUUUCCUGGAAAGUGGCUGGGCCCAGAACCCUAUGGGUCUUUCUGCCCCACCCUUCCCCCUUUGCCAAGCACCCCACUGCUGGGCCAGGACCCGGCAUGCUCGACCCCCUCAGCCCCUUGCCCCAAAUUCCACUACCCGCCUUCCACAUUGCAUUCCACACCGUCUUUCCCCCAAAAUGUGCCAGUACCAGGCUACGGUUUGGAUCUGCCUUCAGGCUACCCCACCCCUUUCAACAGCCUGCACCUGCAGGCAGGCAUGGCUAGCAGCCCCAUGUUUGGCAGUGCCAGAGGGCAGCCGCAGACUGGGAACAGCCGGCCUAAGGUGAAAGUCAUCAGCUCCAAGAGCAAGAGACCCCCGAGGCUUCCUGUGCCUCCAGCCGCACCAAACCCUUGUCUGACACAACUGCUGACCACAGCUAAACCGGAACCAAGCCUGGAGACUCUGCCUUCCCCCAAUCCCACCUUCAUCCCCACAGUGCCAGAAUCAAUGCAAAGCGAUGUUUGCGAAGGGCCUGCCAGCUUCCUGCCCGGAAUGACCCAGAUCAGCCCCCGACUCUCCCCAGUCUCCAACCCCUCACAGCCCACUCCGAUCACGCCACCGCCGCCGCCACCACCACUGGGGUCCCUGGUGGUCCCCAAAACAGAGAGGCUCUCCCCUACACCAGUGUCUGGGGGUAGUCGGAGGAUGUCAGGACAGGGGUCCACUCUGACGGGUGAGGGAAGGAGCGUCAAGAUUUCGCCUCCUCAUUACUCAUCCAAUCAGAGCAGGCCAGAACCAAGCAAGACAGAGAACCGCCGGAUCACCCACAUCUCUGCUGAGCAGAAGCGCCGUUUCAACAUCAAGCUCGGUUUUGAUACGCUACACAGCCUGGUCAGCACUUUGAGUUCUCAGCCCAGUCUCAAGGUCAGCAAAGCCACCACCUUGCACAAGACAGCAGAAUACAUCUGCAAGCUGCAACAGGAGCGAGCCGCCCUGCAAGAAGAGGCGCAGCGCCUACGGGAUCAGAUUGAAGAGCUGAACUCCGCUAUCAGCCUGUGCCAACAGCAGCUGCCAGCCACAGGGGUGCCCAUAACCCGCCAGCGCUUCGACCAGAUGCGAGACAUGUUUGACCAGUACGUGCGUUCGUGCACCUUGCAGAAUUGGAAGUUCUGGGUCUUCAGCAUCAUCAUGAGACCCCUCUUUGAGUCCUUCAAUGGGAUGGUCUCUACCUCCAGCAUGAACAGCCUCAGUCAGACGUCCUUUGCCUGGCUGGACCAGUACUGCUCUCUCCCGGCUCUGCGGCCAACUGUCCUGAGUUCCCUCCGCCAGCUGAGCGUUUCCACUUCGAUCCUGAACAACCCGGCAGGCGUCCCUGAACAGGCCACGCAGGCAGUGACAGGCAUCGUCCCCAACCACAGCUCCUCCUAGCCUCAAAGGAUGGGACUUGAACUGAGGCGGUGGGCAGAGGCCACAGCGAGGUAGAGCCUUUUCCUCUGCAGAAGAACCGCUUGUGCAAAGUCAAUGCCUGGAAGCAUCACUCCCUGCUGGUUGGGGUCAGACAUUGACCUGGAAGGAACUUCCACAACAGCUUUCUCGUCCUGAGUUCUUCUGAGCUGCCUUGGUCCCAGCUUCCUGGAAAUCGCUGUGCUGUGCUUGGCUGGAGGAAAACCCUAGCCCCAGCUCUGGUCCCCUCUCCUCUUGCUGACAUCUUUUAUAUAACCUGUCCUGUGCCUUCACAGAGGGGCCAGAAGGCUUAGAAUGGAGGGUUAAUGCUUCGUUGGAGCACCCGUUGCCUGUACUGUUUUCUGAGAAUGAGGCAGUACUGCUUUUUUGGUAGCUGCGGUCAGUGGCUCUUGUUCACCGGAGUGGCUCUUGUUCACUGUUCCAAAAUCGCUGCUUGUGCUUUUAACCUACAUUUCGAAAGUGUGUGUCAGAGGCAAAGCCAGCACCUCUGCCAAAAGAACAUUCUGUGCACUGACUUGGCCUCCUCAUAUCAGAACCGUCAUGGCAGCCAACCUGGAAGGAAUGAAGUGGUGGGGAGGAAGGGAGUUCACAGGAUAUGUAGUCUUCCUCCCACAGAGCUUGUUAAGAAGACGGCCAAUGCACGGUGUCUCUCUAGACUUUCUGGGAUGCCUCUUUCUAGCACAGGGGGGGGACAAAUAGCCCAGAAUACUGCUUUGCAACAGGAAAUCCCAGGAGCCAAUUUUUAGAGUUUAUAAAAACUGUUUACAAAUUUACUGGUUGAGCAGCUGGAAAAUAUUCGCAAAUGUCCUGGAAAAGCAAGUCUCAAAACAACAAUAAAAGAUGUUUCUGGGUCACCUUUUUUUCCCCAACA